AUGUUGUCGGAGCGGCCACGCCGCCCACGUCCCGCGCUCAGCUCGCAGGGGCCACCGCCACGGCUCGGGCUGAAGGCGGCGAGCCCCGGGGUGGCAGGCGCCGACGAGGACUGCAACAGCAACACCAGCCUCACCGGGAGCCAGCACUCGGCUCACGAUGACCUCGACGCGCACUGCGAUAACUCCGGUUACCUGUGGUUCCUCGAUUAUAACCCAAUUUUUCGAGACGGCUCCUGCCACCACACCUCGGUGCUGUCCUCAGUUUCCGCCUCGUACAAGGGUAUAAGCGACCUUGCGUCCCGCUUCGAGUUCACAUCGAGGUACAACGACCUCGCGCGCGACCUGGACGCGAACCUUGCCGAGGCAGACAUGGAGAGCUUCAGGACUGAGGACAUACACGCGCUGCUCAUGACCGCCAACUUGCCACACGACGCCAUCAUCGACGACAGGACGCAUGAUAGUAACCCCCGAGGCGAGAUGUUCGCCAGCAUCUCGAGCUCUCUCAUGGAAAGGUUUCGAUUCGACAGCAGUGUCAGUGCCGACAGUAGUUUACAGGGUGAAGAAUCCGUCGGUUCGAUCAACACAAUGUCGAUAUGCAAGUCGGAGCUGUUGUUCUCCCCGGUGAAGGAGGGCGGACACGGCGUCCACUUCAGCGUGGACAGUCUCGACUGCGAGCUGCCCACCGAGCAGGACCUCAUCCUAACCUGCCAGGCCAACAAGGACAACUACACGAUCGCCUUCGAGGGCAGCCUCACCACUUACUCUGAGGAUAGUGAGUGCGCCGAACCAGCCGUCAAUCAAAAACAUGACAAAUUGGGUAAGGAAGAAGAAAACGUAACUUUAGAUAACGAUGAAAGAACGCGCAGGAAUUUAGAAUUAUUAGAAAGAUGUAAGAAGAUUACAAAUAAGUUAACAACAUCUAUGGCUAGAAGUGAUUUAGGAUUAACCACAUGGAGUAAACUUAAGAAACAAAGCAGUCAAUCGCCAUUAAGAAGACACCCAUCAGGCAACAACAAUGAAGACUCGAAUGAAUCGACUGAUGCCACAAACGACAUGAACAAUUCUGUUAUCAAAAGCCAAAGUUUACCUAAUCUUUAUAGAAGAAAGUUUAUGAAUAGUUCCAUUAACUCCGCGGCUUUAAGCAACUCGACGGUCGACUCCUUUACCGCCAACCAGAGGCUGUCCGGCACACCCGUCUGUAUGAAAGUUUACGAUGUAUCUCAACAACGUUCAACACACGGAAGUCAACAUUCAGAGCCAAUGAGCACCUCGUCUACUGACAAUCAGACUUCCACCGAUAAAAGUCAGCCAAAACAAUCGUUUAGUCUAGUAAAAUUAUUUAUGAAGCAAAAAAGUAUGAGCAAUGACGGCAUUGUCAGUAUGGAACAAAUGGAUAGAUCUGAGUGCUGGCCGUCUAGUUCUGGGGGUGAAAGCGGAGAGUCAGUGGGAGAGCAAAAAAUGGGAGACUCAAAAAUUAUACCGGCCGAUCGACCGCCUCUAGAGGUACCUGGUAGUGUUGUUGAAGAGAACGCUUCAGCUGUUUAUGAAGAAAUUCCAGCUUCGAACCCGUUCGCCAAUAGAGUCUAUGAUGAUGUAUUAAUUGAAGAAGAAGAGACGAUCGAAGAAGUUAAAUUCAGUGAUAGCGAAACUAAUUUGUAUGCCACAGUCAACAAACCAAUUAUUAAAAGAUCUAAUAUGAAUAUAAUGAACAGUCCAUGCAAAUUGAGAAGCAAUCGCAAAUCAUGUUCUUCUCAGUCGUCAGCUACUAGUGUCAGCAUUUCAAGUUGUUCUGAGUCAGAUGGCACACAGAUCACAAAAAUGAACAGAUUGUUGCAAAGAGAACCCUGUGACCACAAGACCACUUCAACCCAUCUUGAAAGUGAAACUAUCGAUAAGAGCAUCCAAACUUCAAGUAUGCAGCACUCUAGUAUCUCCCACGAACGUGAAUUGUUUAAAGUUGUAGAGCCAUCAUUCUUGCAAAAACUCAAAGAGGGUGGAUGCGAAAAACCUGUCUUUGUUCUUUACCCUAACUAUACUUUACCAGAUAUAAGUUUCUUAAACGGAAGGCCAAACAUUUACUUAAAUCCACUGAAAGUCAAUGUUUCACCGAAAACAAGUGAAAUGAAAAGAAAUAGAUUGCAAGUAAAAGGGAAACGUCCAUUUUCGUGCAAUGAUGUUGAAAUGCUAAAAAAGAAAGGUCUUGGACACAUUAAAGACUGGGAUUCGCUAAACUUUUUGCUGCCAAUGGAAUGCAAGCAAAUGUUGUCAGAGAUGCCGGAACUAAUGCAACACGUCAAAGAUAAGGAGACUAGGUGUGGCGAGAAAUACUGUAACGCUACUCCCUCAAAAUCUAAAAACAGGCCUAUGAGCUGCGACUGUAACAACCUAGCAGGAAACACCACCGCGGUUUCAUCUAGUUCAAGUACAGCCACUCAACCGUCUUCGGGUUAUAGAGGUUCAUCUACUAUGUUAACAGAUUCCUCUGCACAAAACAGCCCUGCACCUGCUGGAAACUUUAAUCCUUUGUUCGUCUAUCGCUAUGAUAGCGCAACAAGCUCUGAAGCAAGUGCAAACAACGAAGGUCAAAGAGGAAAUCCAAUUAUUCCUAGACGAUCAUUAUCGUUGGCGGAUCAAAAUCGCAUUGUCAAACAAGGAGAGUUAGCUCCUCCGCGACCACCAUUGCCGAAAAGCAUAUUACGCAAGUCUAUGGAUAAGACACGCAAAGCUAGUGCGCACACUAAACGCUACAGCAUGUUUGAGAUGGAUGAAUUGAUUCAAGAUCCUAUUGUAUGUAUGACAGCUGCAACAGAACAUAAGACUAAAAGAAGGUCGCUUCAAGAGCCCUACUACUUACAAAAUCAAAAUGUAGAUUACAGGAAAAACAACGAUUUGGCCGCAAAGCGACUCUCGCAACAAUUCCUAGACGCGGCUGACAAAGACGCUGAUUAUAAUGAAUACUAUCCUGAUGAAGGAGUAGGGACUGAAAGCAGUCUAGAAUCAGGAAAAUCUAACGAGAUCAAGCUUCACAGACCUCAUACACCUCCGCUACCUAAACCGCGCACAAAGAAAAUGGAAUACACAGAAUUCCCUCCCCCAGGAGCUCUUAUAAGCAGUGCCGAUUUGCAGCAAUUAGAAGAAUUCCUAAAACAAAGCGGUUUCAACUGCCAAAAUAUGGAUGAAUGGGAUCAAAAUCAGGUGCAAAAGGGUAAAAACUUAGCUGAAAUGCCUAUCUGCGAAGAAGCUGAAGUAAGUCCCGAUGAGUUUGGUAGUCCCGUGCGCAUUGAAGGUAGACCGAAGUACGAUGUGAUUGAUGUGUCACAAAAGAGAGCCCUGGUUUCGAACGUGACGGACGCUGUAGAAAUGUUAAUUCAACACUUUUCCCCGGCGACCGACCAAGCGGAACUCGGUUUCCUGGGAGACUCGAAGCAAUCCCCGGCUUGCGCUAAGAUAGCUCUGAAUGCUUUGUGUCCAGCAUUGUAUGCCGUUUUUAGAGACGGCCUUAAAGAGAACAUUGAAACCUCAUUUGGAGCUGUCAAUAAUUCCGUUUGGCAAAUGGUAGAAGCUACAGCGAGACAGGGUCCCAUUACAAAAUCUUUAAACGAAUUGGUAUUGAGGAUAAAUAGUGAGGAUGCGGUAACUGAAGGACUGGUUAAAUUCAACGCAUUCAUUUUGGGUUUGCUCAACGCACAAACGGUCGAUGCAUGGGUGUCGUACGUCCGUACGCGGGAAUCGAUCCUCGCGAAACAUUACGGGCCGGACUCCCUGAUCCUCGCUGGUUGUGUCGGGGAGCCACGAUGCCGAGCCCUUCUGGAUACGUUGUUGGCCAGUCUGGAACCCUUGAAACUGCUUCCGUUCUCACUCGAUCUUAUGUUCGAAAUGCGGGAACUGCACAGGAGUUUCAAGAGAAUCGAAAGCGACAUGCGGGCUGCAAGCAGGCCCACUACGAUUAACCCACCACUAACACUGAACCAGCGCAACUUGCUGAAGCUGGUACGUUCGAUGCAGUCGAGCGGCCUGUCCAGCGACGACUGCCAGACCAGCGUUAUCAUGAGACACAAAGAGCCCAAAAACAAGGAGCCAUCCACACCCGACCUCUUAAACGAUUCUGCAAAUGUCAAAACAAUAGUAGAAAAGAACCGACCACGCUCGUGCGUCAAUCCUCUCGCAAUUGGCUAUGACGUGUGUCCAAACAACAGCAGAAUUGAAUUAGAAAUGAACCGCAGAUGGUCCGGGAUUCACUUGGGCUCUAAAUUGAUGCAAGCGUUCGACCGGCUCGUGUUUGACGACAGCGAUGAUUACACAGAUAGUUUAGAGAACAAUAAACCGUCCGCUAAGGCGUCCGGCAAUGAAGCGAAGCUGGAGUCUAGCGGCGAGGAGCCCUGGCGCCCAGGGUCGGCGAGUAGCGCGGGCAGUGGGAACACGGGCAAUGCCAACACGGGAGGCAAGUUCAGAAGAUUGCAACUAAAGUGGGAGAUGCUUAGUAACGCUGAGAGUCCCGUCACGCCGUCCGGGGAGACGUCGCCGGCGACGGCGCGCGGGUCCAAGAUCCCGCGGCCGGUGUCGUCGCCCGUCCGCCCGCACGCGCCCGCGCUGCACUCGCCCGCCAAGAACACGCACAGGUCAGUACGAUGCUCUAAUUAGAUAUAAACAGAUGCA